UCUCGAUUUGGCUCUUGUCUGUCGAAGACAGGCUCAGCGAGAGGAGCUCAGAAAAUAGCUACCUCCGAUGGAGGUUUCGUCUACUCUUCGGCGCCCUCCAAAGUGAUCGCACAAGAGCCUUCGCCAAUCCCACAACACGAGCCGGCACUCGAAGUAUCACUCUUUCAGCAGAAUACUCCGUUGAUGGUCCCGGCCCCAACUCAGAACCGGCCCCUGUACGAAAUUUCGAUUCCAGGCCACGUCGAUGUCUUGUCCUUCAUUCCCUCGAGCAACCGAAUCCUCCUCCAAUACUUCACGUGCAAUGCCUCCAAGGCGCUAGCCUCUCACUCCUUGGUACAUCAAGAGGUAUGCGAAUUGAUACUGCCCAUGGCUCUUGAAAACCAGGCACUCCUGUAUGCAACUCUGGCGUUGGCGGCUAUCCAUCGGACUUCCUUAACGUCGACUAUCGACAAUGCUUUUGAUGACAAUGCAAGGGAGCUAGUCACUAGACUCACUGCCACGAGUAUCUCAUCCUUGCGCAAGGAACUCCAAGAACUUGAUUCGAGCUCGUUGGGACCGAAGCUGGCCACUAUCCGGACGCUGUUCCUGUGUGAAGCUAUAUCAGGCUCGCCAACUCUCAGGGCUUGGAGAUCACACUUUCUCGGAGCAAAAGCCCUCCUCUCAUCCUUUGACCGGCAAACCGGAUCACCCAGCUUCCAUGAAGACUCUUCACUUCGAUUCUUGCGACGAUGGUAUAACAUCACCGAGGCGCUUGUUGCACUCACGCCCGAAGGAUUACCAGGAGGUCAGAUCGAGUUCUUUGGGCCCCCGUCCCUUUCACCGAAUCUCAGGAGCGACGAAAUAUGUAUUGAUGCAUACACUGGUUGCGCAGAGGACCUCUCCAUCGCCUUCCGAGAGAUUGGAGCCGUGGCCUGGGAAAGGCGCCGUGCAAGUGAAGAUCCUAAUCGAUUUCCGAGGCUCUCUGAGGAAGAUUUCCACCGUGAAGCUGAUCACCUUGAGCUGUCAGUCAGAAAGAUGAUUGAGCGAGAUAGGACACGCACAAAUACCAUCAACAUAGCCGGAGCCCCCACCAUGUCGGUCCAAGAAUUCAGGGAAUUUCUUCUUUGUAACGAAGCCUACCAGCAAACUGCACUUAUUCAUGUCCAUCGACGAAUCCGGCGGCUGCCUUCCAACUCUACAACCGUCCAGGAAUGCGUUGGCAGGAUUAUUGAAUGUGUCAGCAGUAUUCGGCCUGCUGCUACUUUGUCGCCGCUCACGUUACUUACUACACCUCUAUUCAUUGCUGGGUGUGAAGCGCAAGGCCCCGAACGUUCUAAAAUUUCGUGGCUGUUGAGAGGCAUGUACAGCCAUCUACGCCUCCCGAACAUGAAGCGCGCUCUGGAAGUGCUUGGAACCUUCUGGCAUGAAUCGGAAGAUAGCGAAAUCGAUUGGGAGAGCUUUUCACGUCAACGUGGCUGGGACUUUCUGCCAUAUUAGUCGCACCACGUCAUGCGUACAGGCAACGGAG